AUUUACUGUCAAAGUAUCCGGAGUAUUCACGUUUUUUGGCAACAUAAAUAAUUUAAUUUGAAUUGUAUAAUUCAUGCUUUAGUCCAAAUUUGCAACAACAUAUCCACCGUAAAAAUCACUGUUUUAUUCAUUGGCAGUAAAUAAUACAGCUGAAGAUUAUGAUAUAAACAGGAAUAGUUUCGGACUGACGUAAAAUGAAUACCGUCGCUGUAACCGGUCUACUAAUAUUAACAGUAAAUUUAGCAACAGGAGCCCCACUACAAAAUCCAUUUUAUAAAAAUUUAACUUUAAAAUGUCAGGGUAUUGAAAAUUCUCCUGACAUCCUAAACUCAAAAAUACUUGAUCGGUGUAAUAAUACAAAUUUCUCUGAAGACAAUGGAAAACUUUCUAAUACUGUGGAAAAUGCAUUUUGCAUAUUAUUCUUUAAUAGUUUAGUAUCAUUUUGUAAUAAUUCUGCACCACUAGGCAAAGAUGUGGUACUACCCAAAUUUACAUCCAUCCCUGUGGAUCAGUUGUGUGCAGAUUUCAACAUCAAUGAAUUAUCCAAUGGUGCAUUUACUAAUCAGGAUUGCACAGGUUUUUGUAAAACACAAUUCUUUAAUGAUAUUUGUUUGGCGUCUUAUUACCUUAGCAAGGUGCACAAGCCACAGAACAAGACAUUGGGGGUAUCACCGACUAAAAGUGAAAACCUUGAAACUAAUGACAACCAAUCAGGUAUAACAACCACCCAGUUAAGCAACUCGAACAGCAUCAAGGAGACCAAUACGGGCAUCAAAUCCGAACCAAUCGCUUCUAAGACUGACGUAAAAAUAACUGAAGUCCACAACCGAACCUCAGCAGAAAAGACGCCAAUAAUCAGUGAAGCUAUGGCUAAACCAACCCCAGAAAUCAAAAGCAAAACUGAAGUUAAAGUGGAGGCACCCCCAGUGGAGCCGGCACUUAAAACCCAAGUGGUACUGGAAGGUAGCACAAAGACCCCCGAAAAACAGGAGUCGAAAAAACCCGAGACAAAUGUGCCGUUAAUCGACAAGUCCCAAGACAUGGUGGAGCCACCCUUGGAAGAGGAGGAGCAGCAAAGCAAAGACCCGGAAGAAGACCUUGAUGAUAAUGAGGACGCCCUACAAGACAUUUCCUCAAAACAGAGUGACAACAAAGGCCCUCAAAAAUCAAAAAUCACGGAGCAGGAGUCGAUUUAUGCAACCGAAGAAAUGGAUGGGGAUUCCUACUUCUUCUCCUAUUUCAUGGUGAUUUGCCUGCUGAUUGUUUUAGGAUACGUAGGUUAUCACAAUCGACAAAAGCUGUUCGCUUUAGUCAUUGAAGGAAAGAGAGGCAAGAGACAGUACAGAGGUCGAAGACCAAAUUCUGCCAAUUACCAUAAAUUGGACAGCAAUUUGGAGGAGGCCAUCACAUCUGAUUGCAGCAAGAACACAUCACACGUUAUAUACUGAUGUUUUUUCUCUUUUUAAAACACUUUUUGACUGUAAAACACUUUUACAUGUUUAUUAUAUCAUUUAACUAUU